AAAGCACAUGUUAGACACAACAUGCAUUUGUCAUCAGCUAUAAGCCUCCUUUUGACCGCAGUUCUCUGUGACUGUGCAGAGAAACCUCACAUUGUUUUCAUAGUUGCUGAUGACCUCGGAUGGAACGAUGUUGGAUUUCGGAACCCUCAAAUGAUCACACCUAACCUUGACAGACUGGCCACAGCGGGAGUCAUCCUCAACUCUUCUUACGUCCAGCCCCUGUGUUCGCCCUCCAGAAACUGCUUCAUGUCAGGAUAUUUCCCUUAUCACACUGGACUUCAGGAUGGCGUUAUUGGGACUGACCAAGCAAAGUUCCUUCCUGCCAAUCUAACAACAAUCCCACAGAAACUGAAACAACUUGGCUAUGAUACUCACAUGGUUGGGAAGUGGCAUCUUGGCUUCUGUAACUGGAAGUAUACACCCACAGAGAGAGGCUUUGACUCCUACCUUGGAUAUUACUCUGGUGCUGAGGACUAUUUUACUCACAUAAAAGCGCCAUCCGAUGAUGAAGAGGGGCUAGAUUUUCGCUACAACAAGAGUGCCUAUAGAGAUGCCAAUGGAACGUAUUCUGCAUACGUGUUUGCAGACAGAGCUGUUACAAUCAUUCAGAACCACGAUAACAAUAAGCCACUUUAUAUGUACCUUCCAUUCCAAUCGGUACAUGAACCUCUUCAAGUUCCAACUAAAUAUGAAAACAUGUAUCAGAACAUAGAAACCAAAAACAGAAGGGUAUAUUGUGGAAUGGUGACUGCGUUAGACGAAGCAGUUGGCAAUAUCACGAAGGCAUUAGAAGAAAAAGGGCUUAUGGACAAUCUAUUGUUGGUCUUUACAACCGAUAAUGGUGGUCCAACAUAUGAUGCUGCUAAUAACCUGCCCUUACGAGGAGCCAAAGAUACUCUCUGGGAAGGGGGAACGAAAGGAACUGGAUUCAUCUACAGUAAAAACCUUCUCAAGAAGACGGGCUACCUCAAUACUGGAAUGAUGCAUGCUGUGGACUGGUACCCGACAUUGGUGGAGCUGGCUGGUGGUGAAAACACAGAUCCCGACAUGGACGGAGUCAGUCAGUACGACAUGCUGAUUAAUGGUGGACCAAGCAAGCGAAAUGAGUUCGUCUACAACAUCUAUGACCACACUGAUGCAGCUGCAAUACGGUACGGACAUCUUAAGCUCAUCCAAGGCAGUCCAGGGAUUCACAAUGGUUGGGCUCCUUUGCCACAUCUGGGAAUUGAUGAACGUGUUUAUGAAGCUGAUAACCAAGCGUUCCCUCCCUUCAUGCUCUACAACAUCACUGCAGAUCCAACAGAACACUUUGACCUCUCAGCCAAAUACCCUGAGCUUGUGGACAUGAUGAAGAAGAGGCUGGUGAAUUGGAAGAAGUCUAGUGUCCCGGCCCAAAGCACUUCCCCUGUUCCAAAAGCGAACCCCAAAUACUAUGGGGGUGUUUGGAGUCCUGGGUGGUGUUGACAGAAGCUAGGAUGGGAUACAAAUUAAAAGUGCUCGGCAUAGUUAUUAAAUAUCCAAGAUAGACUUUUUCGCAUUUGAUUGUCUGCAAUUAGAUUCGUAUUUCUGAUCAUUUAUUCGGAUUUGUUGGUGACACCUUGAAACCAAAAUGUAGAAAGUUAGAUACAAGUAAAGAUGUGUUUCGUCAACAAA